UAAGCCGUUUUCUGUCCCCUCUCUUCCCAAGAAAAUCGGCAAUCGCGACAUGGUGGGUUCACCAAGUUCUCACCAACUAACUACACGCGAUGAAGUCUCCUUCAAUAUGGCGCCAAUUCCUGGCCAUUGCUCUGCUCGUCCAGUGCUGCCUCGGGCGCCCCGUCCUCACAAACUCGGAUUUCAACGUCCAGAGGGGCCAGCCAUUUGUUAUCACCUGGUCGGACGCGUCGGGGCCUGUCGACCUUGUGCUGUUGCACGGCGCCUCGACGACCACCUUCCAGGUCCUGCUGACCAUAGCUAGCAAGGUGUCGGGGACGUCGUUCACUUGGACGCCGCCGCAGAGUCUCCCGUCGGACGGCAUCCUAGCGUUUGAGAUCUACGACUCGGACUCGCCAGACGACCCCAACUACUCCUCCCCCUUCACCAUAGCCGGGAGCGGGUCAGACUCUCCGCCAACGACCACCCCGUCAACUUCGCCGCUAGUUUCGUCGACCACGCCGCAGCCGCCUUCGACGACCCCAACGACCCCGACGACUCCGGCGACCCCGACAACCCGCGUCUCGUCGCCCACUCCAACCUCCUCCCAGGGAUCCACCGCCAGUGGCACGCAUACCGUGUCGUCGAGCAGCCAGACAGAUACUAGCCACUCGACGUCGGGCACCUCGUCGAGUCCUGUCACCAGUCAGCCGUCGUCAACCGCCGGAGGGGUUAGUGGAGGGGUCAGUGGAGGUGGUGCAGAAGGAGACAGCUCAAGCGGCGGUCUCAGCACGGGCGCCAAGGCAGGCAUCGGCAUCGGCGCCGCUCUGGGCGGGAUUGCCGCCGUCGCCGCAAUCGCCUACGUGUUCUACCGGCAGGGCAAGGCGGCCGGCGCCAAGGGCGGCGCCGACGGAACAGCAGGCGCGGCGGAGCUCGGCGAGGGCGGCAAAGGCAGCACCCUGGCUGAGCUGGGCGGCGGCAAGACCGCUGCUGAGCUCGGCGAAGGUGUCAAAGAUAACACGCUGGCUGAGCUGGGUGGCGCCAAGACCGCGGCGGAGCUCGGGGAAGGCGGCAAAGACAGCACUCUAGCCGAGCUGGGUGGCAAGCCCACGGCCGAGAUGGGGACGCCGGCGAACGCGGCCGAGCUGCAGCACUCGUCGCCCGUGACCGUGUCGCCUGUCUCAGACGCCACUACUCUGGCGCCCGGCGCCGACAUGUACUACCCGCUGCAUGCCGUCGAGUUGAGCUCGGAGCAAGCGCCGAGGGCGUUGUAGUUCAUUUGCGGGAUGGUUGAGACUCGAAGCUGUGGAAAUUUCU